AUGGCGGAGUCUAUGUUUAAGCUGCUGCUGCUUCCUUAUGUUGUGAAAUGCCCUGAGAAUGAUCCCCUUCCAAUUCCACAUGAGUGGUACCAGCCGGGUGGCCUCAUUAUCGGUGGAAUUGCUUCUCAGAUGUUUUAUGCCUUUGAUGAACUUUCCUUCAAGAAACAUCCUUCUCAAGGACUUUUUGAGAUUCCACAUGUGGUGACAAAGUUCUACCAGCACAUCCUUGCCUUGGCGUUUGCAGUGAAUGAGAUCAACAGGAAUCCCAAUGUCUUGCCCAAUGUCACACUUGGUUUCCACAUCUAUGACAGCUAUUACAAUACAAGGAUGACCUACAGGACCACCCUGGAUUUGCUCUACAAGCUGCAUAGAUUUGUCCCCAACUACAAAUGUGACACUCAGAAAAAACUGGUAGCCAUUAUUGGGGGCCUUGGUAUUGAAACCUCCUCCUGUAUAGCAGAGGUCUUACAAAUUUACAACAUUCCACAGCUCCAUGCAUAUCUUGACGGCAUUGUGUUUAACAACUCAGCAAAGGAAACCAUGUCAUUUAAUAAAAAAAGGGAAAUGGGAGGAGGAUUUGAUGUUGUGAAUAUGGUGACCUUCCCAAACAAGUCCUUCCAGAAAGUGAAAGUUGGUAGGUUGGAUCCCAGUGCUUCUGAAGGAAAAGAACUAACGUUUAAUGAGGAUAUGAUUGUGUGGCACAGAUGUUUUAACCAGGUGCUUCCCAUUUCUGUCUGCAAUGCACACUGUCAGCCUGGUAAUGAAAAGAAAAAGAAGGAAGGGGAAAAGUUUUGCUGCUAUGAUUGCAAUCCAUGCUCAGAAGGGAAGAUUUCAAAUGAGACUGAUAUGAAUGACUGUUUCAAAUGCCCAGAAGAUCAUUAUCCAAACAAGAAUAAACAUGGUUGCAUUCCAAAAGUUAUGAACUUCCUGUCUUACGGUGAACCUUUAGGGAUCAGUUUAACCACAGUUGCCAUUUCUUUUUCCCUGAUCACAGCCUUGGUGCUGGGCAUUUUCAUCAACCAGAGAGAUACGCCCAUAGUCAAAGCCAAUAACCGGGACCUCACCUACACUCUGCUCAUCUCCCUCCUGCUCUGCUUCCUCUCUUCUUUGCUAUUCCUCAGACAACCAGGCAAACUGACCUGCCUUCUCCGACAACCAACUUUCGGCAUCAUCUUCUCAGUGGCUGUUUCUUGUGUCUUGGCAAAAACCACACUUGUUUCCCUGGCAUUCAGAGCCACAAAGCCUGGAUCUGGGUUAAAGCGAUGGGUUGGGAAAACACUGGCUCAUUUCAUUGUCCUUCCAUGCUCCCUUAUUCAAGCCACCAUUUGUGUCAUCUGGCUGGCAACCACUCCUCCUUUCCCUGACUUUGACAUGCACUCUGUGACUGAAGAAAUCAUUCUGAUAUGUAAUGAAGGCUCAGUCACCAUAUUUUACUGUGUUCUGGGCUACAUGGGUUUGCUGGCCAUUGCCAGCUUCAUUGUGGCCUUCCUGGCCCGCAAGUUACCUGACAAUUUUAAUGAAGCCAAGUUUAUUACAUUCAGCAUGUUGGUGUUUUGCAGUGUGUGGAUCUCUUUUGUCCCCACUUACCUAAGCACAAAAGGCAAAGCCAUGGGGGCUGUGGAGAUCUUCUCCAUCUUGUUCUCCAGUGCUGGUUUGCUGGGCUGCAUCUUUUGCCCCAAAUGCUACAUUAUUGUUUUGAGGCCCGAAAUGAACAGCAGGGAGCACCUACUAAGGAGAUAG